CAUGCCAAGCCAGCGCCUGGGCCUGGAACCGGGCCGCAGCCCCCCAGCUUCGCCCACCACCUCCCUACCAUGGACCCCUGCAAAGUGAACGAGCUUCGGGCCUUUGUGAAAAUGUGUAAGCAGGAUCCGAGCAUUCUGCACACCGAGGAAAUGCGCUUCCUGAGGGAGUGGGUGGAGAGCAUGGGAGUUAAAGUACCACCUGCUACUCAGAAAGCUAAAUCAGAAGAAAAUACCGAGGAAGAAAAACCUGAUAGUAAGAAGGUGGAGGAAGACUUAAAGGCAGACGAACCAUCAAGUGAGGAAAGUGAUCUAGAAAUUGAUAAAGAAGAUGUGAUUGAACCAGACACUGAUGCUCCUCAAGAAAUGGGAGAUGAAAAUGCGGAGAUAACGGAGGAGAUGAUGGAUCAGGCAAAUGAUAAAACAGUGGCUGCUAUUGAAGCCCUAAAUGAUGGUGAACUCCAGAAAGCCAUUGAGUUAUUGACAGACGCCAUCAAGCUGAAUCCUCACUUGGCCAUUUUGUAUGCCAAGAGGGCCAGUGUCUUCGUCAAAUUACAGAAGCCAAAUGCUGCCACCCAAGACUGUGACAGAGCCAUUGAAAUAAAUCCUGAUUCAGCUCAGCCUCACAAGUGGCGAGGGAAAGCACACAGACUUCUAGGCUACUGGGGAGAAGCAGCCCAUGAUCUUGCCCUUGCCUGUAAAUUGGAUUAUGAUGAAGAUGCUAGUGCAAUGCUGAAAGAAGUUCAACAUAGGGCACAGAAAACUGCAGAACAUUGGAGAAAGUAUGAGCGAAAACAUGAAGAGCGAGAGAUCAAAGAAAGAGUAGAACGAGUUAAGAAGGCUCGAGAAGAGCAUGAGAGAGCCCAGAGGGAGGAAGAAGCCAGACGACAGUCAGGAGCUCAGUAUGGCUCUUUUCCAGGUGGCUUUCCUGGGGGAAUGCCUGGUAAUUUUCCCAGAGGAAUGCCUGGAAUGGGAGGGGGCAUGUCUGGAAUGGCUGGAAUGCCUGGAUUCAAUGAAAUUCUUAGUGAUCCAGAGGUUCUUGCAGCCAUGCAGGAUCCAGAAGUUAUGGUGGCCUUCCAGGAUGUGGCUCAGAACUCAGCAAAUGUGUCAAAAUACCAGAGCAACCCAAAGGUUAUGAAUCUCAUCAGUAAAUUGUCAGCCAAAUUUGGAGGUCAAGCGUAAUGCCCUUCUGAUAAAUAAAGCCCUUGCUGAAGG